CUAUUAGCAACAAAUUUAGUUUGAAUGUUACAAUUUAUUUUCAUUUUAUAUUUCCGUUCAUUUUAGCAACAUUAGGGUUAGUGGUGGUUUUAUUCUGAAAAAUUUCACCAGAAACUUCUAAUCUUUUUUAUGCUAACUUGACAGAAGACUGGAACGCGAACAGAUGGGAUUGUGCACUACCUUCUUAACACAUUCCUCAUUUUUUAAAUUGCAUUGAACACAUUUUAGCGGAGUUUCCUGCUAACAGACAGACCUGGCGUGAUCACAGGCGCUUAUCUCAGAGGAUCGGCUGCGCUGUGAAGCGGGACAGAAACGGUCAGGACAUUUAAAGAUACCUAACCAAACAUCUUCCCAGUGCCACAAGGUGAGUGUGUGUCCAUCAUGCCGCUGUUCGGUAAACCCCAUAAGAGUCCGGCAGACAUCGUCAAGAGCCUGAAGGACAACCUGGCCAUCCUGGUCAAACAGGAAAAAAAGACAGAGAAGGCAUCUGAGGAGGUGUCCAAGUGCUUGGUGUCCAUGAAAGAGAUCCUCUAUGGGAGCAAUGAUAAGGAGCCUCACACUGAGACUGUGGCCCAGCUGGCCCAGGAGCUGUACAACAGUGGCCAGCUGAUAGCGCUGGUAGAAAACCUGCAGGUCAUAGACUUUGAGGGGAAGAAGGAUGUGUGUCAGAUCUUUAACAACAUCCUGAGGAGGCAGAUUGGGACGAGGAGCCCCACUGUGGAAUACUUCUGUUCUCACCAAGAGGUCCUCUUCAUACUGCUGAAAGGGUACGAGACCCCCCAGGUGGCGUUGAACUGUGGGAUCAUGCUCAGGGAGUGUAUUCGGCACGAGCCACUCGCCAAGAUAGUUCUUCACUCGGAUAACUUUCGCAGUUUCUUCAACUACGUGGAGAUGUCCACCUUUGACAUCGCCUCUGACGCCUUCGCCACCUUCAAGGAUCUCCUGACAAGACACAAAGUGCUUGUGGCUGAAUACCUCGAACAGAAUUACGAUGCUGUGUUUGCAGACUAUGAGAAGCUUCUGCAUUCUGAGAACUACGUCACCAAGAGGCAGUCUCUAAAGCUUCUGGGCGAGCUGUUACUGGACAGACAUAACUUCACAGUGAUGACGCGCUACAUUAGCAAGCCUGAGAAUCUCAAGCUCAUGAUGAAUCUGCUCAGAGACAAGAGUCCCAACAUCCAGUUUGAGGCAUUCCAUGUAUUUAAGGUGUUUGUAGCAAACCCCAACAAGACGCAGCCCAUCGUCGACAUCCUGCUCAAGAACCAGACCAAACUAAUCGACUUCCUGAGCAACUUCCAGAAGGAUCGCACAGAUGACGAGCAGUUCAAUGACGAGAAGACCUACCUAAUCAAACAGAUCAGGGAUCUGAAGAAACCGACCUCCUAGAGAGGCGUCCCUCCAUUCCCACUACCCUACUUUUUAUGGAUAGGAAGAGAGAUAGAAAAUAAAACAGCUUAACAAUAAUAGUUAUCUAUUUAAAAAAAUCUUCAAGAUGUUAUUUGUCAUUUUUCUCUUUGUUGAUUCAUUAAAAACUUGUGCAAGAGUGGUUCCAAAUCACAGAUCUUUUUUUGUAAAUUUUUUUUUUUUUUAUUAAAGACUUUUUUCACCUGUAGCAUGUAGUGCCACAACCCCUGGUGUUGGAGGCAGCUGAUCUGCUUCAUUGGGAGAACCAGAGGUUAAAAGGCUUCAGCUGAAAUGGUCCAUUUUUGUAAUUUGAUCACCAACUGCAGGUGUACAUAAGUUUUAGCUGUUUAAAUGAAGUAGCUGCAAAUCAGAAAAAUAAUGAAUUUCUGGAUUUCUUUAAAGCUGUCUGAUCAGGAUCAGGCAAAAAUGUACUUCAGAGUGAGAACAUCUUAAGUGUGAAACACAUUCUCUGUUGCUCCUAGAAGCUUUCAUUAGCUGAAUGGUAACGCUAAUUUGCCUUCUGCUAGCCAAACAUCUUUGUUCUUGUAUGGCCAAAGCCAGUGAUUGCUCAAGUUUUCUCUUGCUACAACUAAAAAGUACCAACAGACGUAGGUUCAUGGAUUCAUGCUGAAAUGGAACAGGUCUCCUCUUCUUGACUACUCCUCAAAAAGUAAGCGAUGAUGAUGUAGUUCGCUGAAGUUGGGAACAGACUAAACAAUAUACAUACAUUGGGCUAUGAAAGCUGUCAAAGAUCACAAAAUUUGGCACUGCAAGAGUUUAAAUGGCCCUGGUUUAUAAUGGUUCUAAUUGGAUUUUCUCAGUGUAAUCUUGCAGUCUUAAGUUAUCUGAGUUUGUUUAACCUGCAAGUUAGUCUCUGUGUUAUCUGAUAAACCAAAUGAGCUCUAAUAAGGCUGAGAAUAGAGGUGCUGACCAAAACCUGCCAACAAAAGGAGUAAUUAAUUGAAUGAAGGGCCUUUUUGAUUGAAUUGUGACACUGGGCUGCAGUAGGCUUCAUUCAUUUUGAUCACUGGUUCUCUUUGCUGGUGGCCAAUAGCACUUUCUGUAUAAUAAUGAUUAUUCAAAAUGUUUUUGGUUAAAUCUUAAGCUGAUUAUUGUUUUCACAUUGCUUGAUGGUAUUUUUUUUUUUUUUGGAUAGUUUAAUUUCUUACUGUGUAAAGUUAGUGAUUUGUACACCUGAAGUGAGUGCCAUUGCCAGGCACUUUGCUGUGUGUAGCUGGGAAGAUGGCUGUUUGUUUUACUCCUUUUCUUUCUGUACUGUAGCAGGUGUUUCACUCUGAUUUGGAGCCGAUGUUGGUGUUAGAAAGGAAACAGGUGAGCAGUCAGAGGUGCCUUUUUUGGUUUGGUGUUUUCCCUUCUUUUUGCUCAUCUUUCUUUUGUAUUUUCAGGAUCUUUUUAGGGGGAGCUUAAUUAUGUUGGUGAAAAUAUGCUCUGGAUUGAACAUAUUUGUUGUGAUUAAGCAGUGAACCUCUGAACUCACUAUAUUUGAGUUAAGCUGUGAAAGCAGCUGAUUUCUUGCCAGUUUGAGUUUGUUGCCAAAGUAGUGCUGAUUCAACAUUUGAAUUACAAAUUAUCAGCUACAAAAUCAUCAGGCAACUUGUUGAGUGAGGCCAAAGAUGAUCUGCGACAGGUUUCAACACUGAAAAGUAACUGAAAAAUGCACGUGUAGUCAGAGGACCAUGAAAUGUGUAAAACCAAGAGGAUAAAACACUUCUUUUAAAGCAGUGUCAAUUUUAUAUUUGACUUAGAAAUGAGAAAUGUUUCCAUUUUCUCAAAAAAGACACUGGUUCCAAAUUCAGUAAAACUCCGAUUUCCUAAUCAAUAACUGACGUGCAUUUACUUUAAAAUCUUCAACUGUAGCUCAAAUAAGUUUGUUUAAUGGAGGCAAGAUUAAUAAAAAAAAAAAAACCCUUUAAAGCACCAGAUUUAACAAUUUCAAAGUAAAUUUCAUGGUCUUCUAUAGCUGUCUCAUGUUAAAUACAACAAAUGAGACCGAAAUAAGGGUAGUGGAGGACAACAGGCUCACUAACAGCUGUAAACCUCUUAAUCACCAUUUUGGGUUUUAAUGUGAAAAAUGGAGGAAAACGUUCUCAGUGUUUUGUCUGUUCAGUGGAGAAUACCAGCUAAUCUUAAUGUCAUAAGCUGUGACAGUAUUUAUAUGAUCAGAAUUUAA